AUUGACAAUGCUAGUAUACUGAUCAUGCAGUUGGUUAUCUUCUUGGCUUAGGCGAUCGACAUCCGAGUAAUCUUAUGCUACACCGCUACAGCGGAAAGAUAUUGCACAUAGAUUUUGGAGACUGUUUUGAGGCUUCAAUGAACCGGGAGAAGUUUCCUGAAAAAGUUCCCUUCCGCUUGACUAGAAUGCUUGUGAAAGCAAUGGAGGUUAGUGGUAUUGAGGGAAACUUCCGUUCGACCUGUGAAAAUGUGAUGCAAGUUCUUCGAACAAACAAGGACAGUGUUAUGGCAAUGAUGGAGGCCUUUGUUCAUGAUCCUCUCAUUAAUUGGCGUCUUUUCAAUUUCAAUGAAGUCCCACAAAUGUCAGUGUUUUCAAGCACUCAUGUUCCUCCUGUUGUGAAUGCCGAAGAAUCUGCUCAAAAUAGGGAGCUUCUUCAGCCUCAACGGGGUGCUCGUGAAAGGGAGCUUCUACAGGCUGUUAAUCAACUCGGUGAUGCUAAUGAGGUUUUGAAUGAACGUGCUAUCAUUGUGAUGGCUCGUAUGAGUCACAAACUGACAGGACGUGAUUUUUCUUCGUGUUCUUCAUUAUCUCCUGGAUCUAUGCAAUAUGCUGUGGACCACAGUACAUUGAUCUCUGGUGACGCUCGUGAAGUCGAACAUGGUUUGUCUGUCAAAUUGCAAGUUCAAAAGUUGAUUGGCCAGGCUACAUCUCAUGAAAAUUUGUGCCAAAAUUAUGUCGGAUGGUGUCCUUUCUGGUAAGCAGCAGAAGAUAUGUUGAUACUGUAUGUAUAUAAUGUACAUAGCUGACCCAGCAGUGAUCAAUAGUGCUAAUUUAUUGUGCUAGUAUUCUCUUGUAAUCUGUAAUUUGAUGUAUAUCGAUACUGCUGCAUUGGUAAUGUAUAGACACUACACCAAUUAAUGAAACUCUUUUUUUUUUUUUUUUUUU